CAGAUGGGAAUUAUUGCCAAAGAUUUAUCAGAAUUGAAAAGUGGAACAUCAAUAAUUGUAGAUAGAUAUGCCUUUUCUGGUGUUGCCUUUUCUGCUGCAAAGAAGAAUAUGAGUUUGGAGUGGUGUAAGAAGAGUGAUGCUGGACUUCCAAGACCAGAUCAGGUGUUGUUUCUUGACUUGCAGCCAGAGGAAGCAAAAAGGCGAGGGCAAUUUGGAGCGGAACGUUAUGAAAAGGAAGAGUUUCAGAAACGCGUCUAUGAAAACUUCCAGUUACUGAAGGAUGAUGUGUGGAAGGUUAUUGAUGCAAAGAAGAGUGUUGAAGAUUUACAGGAAGUUUUAAAGACUGAGGCAUUAAAAACCAUAGAAAAUGUUAUGGAACAAAAUGAUGAACUAAAGAAGCUUUGGGUUUAAAGGUGUGAUUGUAAACAAUGUCUUAGACAUUGUCUGAGACAUUGACCUGAUGAUAUGGGCAUUUAAUUGUUUUUAUUUCAUUUUUUAAAUUCAUUUAUAGUCUGUUUAGGUAAUUUGUAAUUCAAGUUCAUUUUUAUUUUAAUUUAACUUAAAUGAUAUUCAAAAUGUGUCCUAGCCUGUCCAUGUUGACCAGAAACUUGCUAUCUAGCAUGCACCCAUUUGUUAUAGCACAGCAAGCUUAACCUUAAUACAGGCUUUUACCAGAUAAUUUAUAUCUAAGACCUAGAGAACAUUUGAAGGGAUGAAGUUAAGUGUGGCAAAUAUGACAAGAAUUUCUUAAUGCCAGAUAUGUGAUUUGCUUUUUGAUGUUAUAUCUUUAUCAGAAUCAUAUAAUUGAAGAGAUGUUGAUGUGUUGAAAUUACCUGAAUCUCCUACCAGUUAGUAUUAUUGAUUCUUAGGAUAUACGUUAAAGGUCUGUUGUACUAAGUCCCAAAUGGUGUCUACAGAUUUUAACCUGUUGGAUCUGGGUGCCUUGCUCCCUGCACAUGGCCCACAUCUGGGCAUCAGGCUUACUUGA